UGAUAUUUACCGGUUGCAACCGCAAAUCGUCUAUCGUGUGAUUUCCGCUUUAGCUGAAGGAUAACCAUCCGCAAAUAGAUCGUGCGAGUCACAAGACAAUCACAAGAAAGACUUCGGCGACAGCAGUGAUUUUUCCUGUUCAUCGAGUCUCUGGAUUUUUUUGCAGAUUUUUCGCCCACCGAUUCGGCCAGUUUUUUCACCGGAACCUGCAGAGCUGGUCACGUGAUCUUGCUCUUUUUUUCCUCUGGGGACGAGCAAACAUGGCACUUGACAGGACGGAAAUCUUGCUUGGUGCCGAAAAAAGCCAGCUGAAUGGCAAGGCCCAGGUCAGAAAUGGCUUUUGCAACGGGUCAGCUGGAAAACACGCACACCAGAAUGGAUCCCUCAAGAAUAUCCAGCAGAGAGAGCAAAGACCUUUCGUCGAGUCAUUUGAGAAAAUCCCCCUGUUGACAGCAGCGACAACAUUCAUAGGGUUUUACUUGAUAUUAUUGAUGGGAUACGUCAGCAGCAUUAUUUUCACACCAAAAGUCGCUCAGGAGAGAAAUAGAAAGGGAUAUGUGCCUCUGUACGACCAGUUUGAGAGUUUUUACUCUCGUUAUGUGUACCGCAGACUAAAGGAUUGUUGGAACAUCCCCAUUUGUAGCUGCCCUGGAUCGGAAGUGACCGUAAAGGACAGAGUCACUCACGAUUGCGGAUGGACCUUUGAAUAUACUGGCACAAGGACCACAUGCCUGAACCUAGGCUCUUACAACUACUUGGGCUUUGCCCAGGCCUCGGGGCCUUGUUCAGACGCUGCUGCUGUUAAAAUCAAGGAGCUUGGUUGUGCCACAGCAAGCCCACGUGUAGAAUUUGGCACUCAAAAAAUUCAUCAAGAGAUUGAGGCGUUGACUGCCGAGUUUGUGGGAACCGAAGAUGCAAUCACUUUUGGAAUGGGAUUUGCCACCAACGCUUUGAACCUUCCUAGUAUCAUGAGCAAAGGUUGCCUAGUCGCUAGUGAUGAGAAGAACCACGCUUCCCUCAUUCUUGGAUUACGACUCUCAGGAGCCACAAUUAGAGUUUUCAAACACAAUAAUAUGGAAUCGCUUCGGAAACUGCUUCACAAUGCAGUCGUCUAUGGGCAGCCCCGUAGUCAUCGGCCCUGGAAAAAAAUCUUCAUAGUUGUUGAAGGAGUUUACAGUAUGGAGGGAUCAAUUGUCCGUUUACCCGAGAUAGUUCAACUGAAGCGCGAAUACAAGGCAUAUCUAUAUGUUGAUGAGGCCCAUAGCAUAGGAGCUGUUGGACCGAAUGGCAGAGGCGUCAUAGAUUACUUCGGCGUCGACCCCAAAGAUGUGGACAUUCUGAUGGGAACUUAUACCAAAAGCUUUGGUUCUGCUGGGGGUUACAUUGCGGGGACUAAGGCGUUUAUCAACCACCUGAGAGCAAACAGUCAUGCAAACUGCUAUGCUACAUCAAUGCCGUCUGCGUGUGCAGAGCAAAUCAUUUCAUCCAUGAAAAUCAUUAUGGGCAAAGAUGGCACAAACGAAGGUCGGAAGCGGAUCCAACAGUUGGCUCACAACAGUCAGUACUUCCGCAGAAAACUCAAUCAAAUGGGAAUCAUCACCAUUGGCAAUAAUGAUUCACCAGUUGUUCCUAUGAUGGUGUACAUGCAUUCCAAGAUUGCAAAUGUAGUGCGACGUUUGAUAAAAAGGGAUAUUGCAGUGGUUGGUGUUGGAUUUCCAGCUACACCACUCAUGGAGGGUCGAAUCAGAUUUUGCCUUUCUGCUGCUCACACCAAAGAGCAACUUGACUACGCGCUCACUCACAUUGAGGAGGCGGCAGAUUACUUGGGUUUGAGGUAUUCAAGAAAGCCACGAAGCAAGGAAAUAGUGACGUACGAGGAAGUCGGCAAAGAGGAAUAGACCAGUCAACUCUCAAACUGGGCAUUUAAUAUAAGUUGUAUUGGAAGAGUUAAAGAGAGCACAGAUGUGUCGUUAUUUACUAAGAAAUUAAGACGAGAGGAUAAUUUAAUUUGGGCACUGUUUGCUUCUUUAAUGCGCCACGCGCCACACAAUUAUUAAAAGUAUUUUACCUCUUGAUCGCAUUUCAUUUAAUUAUAGAAUAUAUUGUAAUCUUAUUUUUAAUAAAGUUAAAAAAUGAUUAUAA